AUGAUAUAUAAAGACGGAAGCAGGGUCAGUAGACUAUCUGAAAAUUCUGCUGCAUAUGUUUUAUACUACCUGAGUAUUAUGGCAACCCUAAGUUCCGUUAGCUGUAAGGUUUUUGUCAUUGUCUUUUCAUCGAUUCUUGGCAUUGGAUUUGGCCAAGCUACUACUUAUAGUGUGCUUGAAUUUGGUGCCCAUGGAUAUGGCAGUGCAGAUGAUUCCCAAGCUUUUUUGGCGGCGUUUCAAAAAGCAUGUGGAACUCCAGGAGCUAUUCAAAUUGUAAACGUGCCACCUGAAAAAACCUACUUACUCAAACCUCUCAUCCUCAAGGGUCCUUGCAAGGCCAAGAAUAUUCGAAUUCAGGUUGAUGCCAAUAUUAAUGAAUGGAGAGGGUGUGAAUUAGAGGGCUUGCUGUGUUUCCAAGAAGUGAACGGUCUCAUUAUCAAUGGAGCAGGACUCGUAGAUGGCAAGGGUGAUACAUGGUGGAGCAGCAAAUCUAAUUUUAUUGACACUACAGAUGGAAAUAACGGUUGCCAAGUACCUGCGCUUUUGCACUUCCACAAAUGUAACAACCUUAACCGAAAUGGAGUUCGUUCUAAAGACAGCCCAGGAAUCCAUGUAGUUAUACAUGAGUGUACUGGUGCAGGAGCAGUGAAAGUGAGUGAUGUGUCAUUUACUGGUUUCCAUGGAACUUCAGCGGUUGAGCAAGCGAUAACAUUGGAUUGCUCUAAUUUGGGUUGCACUAACAUUAUAAUGGAUCAUGUCAACAUAACCUCAGCUGUGCCUGGAAAGCCACUCCGAGGUAUAUGCAACAAUGCCAAAGGAAAAUCAAGCCUUACUAUACACCUGAUGUUCCUUGCCUAG